AUGGAGACGACAGUGUCUCGCCAUCAGUUUUUCUACCGUGUUCAAAACCAGCUGCCACCACGCACGACAGGGGUCAUAUUUGGCAGCAUUACUCAGGAGCACUUGGAUGAUAGGUUGCUCAGCUGCGUCAAGUAUUUUGUCAACUGCAGUUUUUACAAAUUUGGAUUGGAGAUGUGUCUCGUUGCUGCCAUUAAUGUUAUACGGCACUGUAUGGAUUUCUACGCACUGCUCCAUGUAUGUUGGGUAAUCCAUCUGCUGUGGCGCCAGAGAAGAAAAGCAGUGGCUGAAGUCUGGCCAAGAUACUGCUGUUUCCUUGCCACUGUGAUGGUUUUCCAGUACUUGCUGUGUCUUGGCCUCCCUCUUGCUUUCUGCAAAGGAUUGUGCAAUUAUCCGUGGAGGACCUCUCACUGGUCAAUCCAUUCCAAUCUGAUUAAAUGGCUCUAUCUGCCAGAUUUUGAGAAGAGAUCUGAUGCUAGCUUUCUCCUGUACGACUUCCUACUUCUGCUUUCUGCCUCCCUCCAGUGGCAAGUAUUUGAGGACGAGAACAAAGCCUGUGCGAGAAUGCAGGCAGGAGAUAACGUGGAGAUCAGUCAUGAUUUAGAUCCAGCUGCCCUCAGCCAGUACAGUCUUGUGCCAAACUUUAUACCUUGCAGGUCCUAUCUAGAUAUGGUUAAAAUGGUUGUGUUUGACUCUCACUUCUGGUUUGUGCUCUGCCUGAUUUUCACUGGGACAACUCAAAUCAACAUCUUUUGUCUGGGCUAUCCAAUAGCUUGUUUCUACUUCACGCUUUUUGGAAGCGGUCUUCUACUCGAGCCAGUCAAGAAUAUUCUUAGGCUGUGGAAUUAUUUGAUUGCAUACACUAUCUUAGUAAUAGCGAUGAAGAGUCUCCUGGCUAUCGGAGCAUGUGCCUACCUCAACAAACUUCUGAGAAAUCACUGUGGGCUAACACAGACCUUCGGCAUGUUCUGCGCUGUACCAGGGUAUGACUUUGUUCCUGAGGAAGAGAAAUGUGAACUGCCUGAAAAUGAAGCAGGAAUAAUCUGGGAUGCAAUAUGCUUCACUUCCCUGCUAGUCCAGUGAAGGACCUUCACAAGCAACUAUCACCUCUGUGUGGUAGCAGAUCUGAAGGUCACCAAGAACUUAGCUUCCAGGAUGUUUCAUGACAGUGAACUGGAAGAGUCAGAGAAGUUUUACCAGUCUGUCUCAUCCUUAAAGCUAGGCUUUGCUUUGUACAAUGCUGUGGUGUCCAAGUCAGAAAUGCUUUGCUAUUUUGUAAUCAUUCUGAAUCACAUGGUCUCGGCUUCAAUCCUCAUUUUGGUUCUGCCCAUUCUUAUUUUUCCCUGGGCCAUGUUAUCUGUUCCAAGGCCUACAAAAUUCUUCUGGAUAACAGCGACUAUUUAUACACAGCUAUUAGUUGUCAAAUAUUUUUCGCAGUUUGGAUUCUUUCCAUGGACAACUAAAUUGUUUUGUGCCAUCAACGCAGAAGAACCAUUCGUUCUGCCAAAUAUUGUUGGGACUGGGAAGAAGCCUGGCUAUGUGCACUUUGAUCUCAUCCAGCUGCUUGCUUUGUUCUUUCACAGGUCAGUCCUGAAGUGUCAUGAACUGUGGGAUUUUGAAUGUGUUGAUAUUCUGAAUUCCAAGAAGAAAAGACCAACUAGAUGGCAAAAGAAAAAGGAGUGCGGAGAUAAGCUUCACGAGAAGGAAGUAAGGAAGAGAUGGAAUCCUUUUGGAAAAAAUCCCAUCAGUAAGAAGAAACUUCUCAAGCAUAAGAUGAAACAACUGAUCCUCAAGACAAAAAUGCUCGUGGUUAAAACGGCCCUUCAAGUCUACUGGCCCAUCUGGCAGUUCUGCUAUGAUAUCAUUCAUCCAGAGUACAGCCACGUUGUGAUGUUUUUGGUUGAUGUGAUCAAUUUUAUUAUCAUUAUCUUUGGAUACUGGGCUUUUGGGAAACGUUCAGCAGCUGCUGACAUCACCAGAUGGCUUUCAGAAGACCAGGUCCCGGUAGCCUUCUUGCUGAUGCUCCUGUUUCAGUUUGGCACAAUGAUGGUGGACUGGGCUAUAUACUUAAGGAGGACCAUGUUCGAGAAGUGUGUAGUCCAGAUGGUCCUCCUUUUUGGUGUUCACUUUUGGAUGUUUUUCAUCUUACCAGGCAUUACUGAAAGGAUGUUUAACAGAAACCAUGUGGCUCAGCUUUGGUACUUGGUCAAAUGCAUUUAUUUUGGUUUGUCAGCCUAUCAGAUCAAAUGUGGCUAUCCAAAGGGCAUCCUAGGCGACUUUCUGACAAAGAGCUACAAUUGCAUCAACCUCUUCUUAUUUCAAGGGUUUCGCCUGAUGCGUUUCCUCACAGAGCUCUGGACUGUCAGGGACCGGGUCUGGACAGGCACAGUCCUCAGCUGUUCUAGUUGGAUCUGUGUCGAGGAUUUAUAUGCAAACAUUUGCAUUAUGAAAUGCUGGAGAGAAUCUGAGAAGAAAUAUCCUCAGCCUUCAGGGCAGAAGAAGAAAAUGAUUGUGAAGUAUGGAAUAGGGGGCUGCAUUACCUUCAUAUUGAUGUGCAUUGUGUGGUUUCCUCUGCUUUUCAUGUCACUGCUUCAGGCAGUGGCAGGGGUGACCGGCCAGCCCUCGGAUGUCUCAGCCCGACUUCCGAUUAAUGGUUAUGCGGAGAAUGCCUCUCUGGUGAAGAACGCGGAAGCAUCUGGCAAGCACAUGGUGCGGCAGUACAAGAAGAAGGAAAUACAAGAGCAAGUUGUUCAAAUGCUGAACGGGACCAGGACAGAGCCAAUAUCUCCUGAAACUAUGAUCAAGCGGACCAGGGACUUGGAACCACAAUAG